GACAGGCUGUGACAGGUUUGUCUGCUGUGGUAUGUUAUCUGUUUAGUAGUAGCUCUGGUGAUACUGGUUUCGUGUAUCCUGAAAUUAUGAAACAAGAAUCAUUGUUUGCAGCACCUGAUAGAAGUGAGACAACUACCACAAGGGCUUUAUUGACAAAUAAUGUCUGCCCUUUUUUUAUUGAUGUGACUUGCAGAUUCAAGUCUAUGGAGAUUGUUCUUCAUAAUUCUAGGACAAGUGAUGGUUUAGAGAGUUUUGCCACUAUUUUUCACUCUUUAACUGGCAACAAAAUGGCUGUGCAUAAGUUGCCUGAGCAUGGAAUUUGGAUGUUGGUUCAAAACACAACUGUUGUAAUAUCUUGCGAAGAAGGGAAAAUGGAUCUCCUGACUGAUUUAUCAGGAAUCCUUUCUUUCGUUUUUGAAUAUCAGAGUUCAAUUGGAACCAACAUAGAUCAUAUUGUUCCUGAAAGUUUACUGCUGCAGUCUAUUAAUUGCUUACAUGAAGUAUCUCUUUCUGGUUUCUCGUUUACUUUGAGCUUGGGUCUUGUUCAAAAUGCUCUAUCUUCAGGUAAUGCAGGAAAAACAUUUGGUAGUUCUAAUGGAAAUUCUUCUUACUUUGUACGUGAAACUAAUUUGACAGCCUUUGAAAGGUCAAGUAAUCUAUCUCCCCAAUCAAUUCUCAAAAUGGGGUCUCCAUCAAAUACCUGUGUGCCAGCUUCAACAAAUCACUGGUUACUAAUAGAUGUUGCAGUAACUAGUAUAUUCAUAGGGAGAUGCUCACUGAAAAGUGAACUGAUUCAAGCACAUAAACUGAACAAGCUUUUGUCUUUGCUUUCAAUUGGAGGAGAAUUUCAUAUUAUAUCCUGGGAGAUUCAGGGUGGAUUCUUUUUGCUUGAAACAACAUCUUUACCAAUGGCCAUUGAUAGCUAUUCUUCAUAUCUUUGUUAUAUUGGGAAUCUCACUUCUGAUGCAAAGCUACCUAAAACUGGCACCAAGUGGGAACAGAAUGUCAGAGAGAACUAUACUUCACAUGAUGUUAUUGAUCGAGGAGCUAUUAGCACUUCUCAACAAGCUGCAAGUAGAUUGCCAGAAGCAUGUGACUUUUCUUUGUCUCACUUUACUUUUGUUUUAGCACAUGAAAAUGAAUCUGGUUGUAUCCAAGAAAUUGUAGUAGAGGUUGACAUCCAUAUGAAUUUUGCUUUGGCAAUUACUGGGAUGAAAUUAACAAUUGACCUUUCUCGUUUAUCAAUUCUAUCUCAAACUAUUCAGAGGAGAGUGGAAGAUGAAGCAGCAAUUCCACAUUUUUCUUCUGUCACAUCAAAAGAUUUGCCACCUCUGCAUGCUUCCGGAAAUCCUCUUUCAGGAUUUCAGAAUUUUGGUCAAUUGAACUCAAUUAGUGAUGCAAGUUGUUCAAAAAACACUCUUCCUAUUCAGGUUAUUAGUCAUCAGAACCAAAUUUUGAAAAACUUAAGAGCUUUCCUGUCGCUGGAGAGGCCAGAUAAUGGUGUUAUGCUUUUUUCCCGGUGUUGGUUUGGCAUUGGUUCUCUUUUAGGUUUUGAUAUCACACUUUCUAUAGCUGAAAUUCAGACAAUUAUGUCAAUGUCCUCCUCACUCUCUGAGAUAUCUAGUCAGAAUACAAUAAAAAAAUUGGAGAAAAAUGAUUGGUCUUCUAGCCAUGAAGUUGACAAUUGUUUGGAAGCAAUGAUUCCUGAUGGGGCAAUUGUUGCUAUCCAGGAUGUCAACCAACACAUGUAUUUUACAGUUGAAGGUGAAGAAAAGACUUUCAGAGUAGGUGGUGUCAUUCAUUAUUCUCUGGUAGGAGAAAGGGCUCUUUUCAGGGUCAAACAUAUUCCUCAAAGGGGGUGGAAUUCUACAGUUUUGUGGUUUUCCUUUAUAUCAUUGUUUGCUAAGAAUGAUAUGGGUGUUCCGUUGAGAUUAAAUUUUCGACCAGGAUCGUGUUUUGUUGACAUCUGUUGUGCUAAUGAUGGAGGAUGUGCACUAUGGAGAGCCAAUCCUGCUCAGGGCGAAAAUGAUGUAGGAUUCAUUGACUCAGAGGUUAACAAUCAAUCCUUCAAGAGGACUUUCUACCUUGUGAACAAAAAGAACGACUCUGCUAUUGCUUUUGUAGAUGGUGCUUUAGAGUUUGUCAAGAAGCCUGGAAAUCCAAUCAAGUUCAAAAUUUUUAAUAAUAUUACUGCUGCUCAUAGUGCUUCGGAGAUAGCUAGUUAUCCUAGAAUGGCUACGGAAACUACUCUAUACACAGAUGAAGAAAGUACUUCCUGGCAGGGUGGAAAACUUCCUUGUAUUGAUAUUAAAGUUGAAAAAGUUUCUCUGAAUAUUGUUCAUGAACUUUCAGAUACGGAGUAUCUCUUCCCUCUCAUUUGCUUGCUCCUGAACAGUACACAACUCAAUAUACAAACAUUAGCAAAGAAAUCCAGGGUCAUUGGCACAUCAUGUGCAGAAGCGCAUUAUUUUGAUGUUGAAAGAAACUUAUGGGGAGAACUUCUCCGUCCUGUGGAAAUUUGCCUUUUUUACCGAUCUAACAUGGAAGCUCAGCUUUCAGAAAAUAGAUCUCAUGCUGUGCCUGUUAAUUACUUCUGCAGAAUGAAAGAGCUGGAUGUUUUCUUGAAUGAGAAUUCAUUGGACGUGCUUCUCUUUUUGAUUGGGAAAUUGAAUCUAUCUGGUCCUUACUCACUCCGAAACUCCAUCAUUCAAGCUAACUGCUGCAAGAUGGCAGGUGGAAAAUGAAACAGGCUUAAAUCUUCAUGUUCACUUUGACCAGCAAAGUAUUAUAAUACCCAGAAAGCAAUCUGCGUCUAUUCUAUUAAGG